AUGGAGCUGGUAAGGGAGGAUGGAGCACCAUUGGAGAUGGAGGAGGUUGACAUUGGACAGCCAGGAGUGCGUGUUGUAUUGCCAUCGGCAUUUCCUGGAAGUCCACGGAAUAUGCAUCAGCGCUAUGUUGACGCCAUGGCGAUGAUGGCAGAAUUGGGAAAGCCUGACCUCUUCAUCACAAUGUCAUGCAAUCCUUCGUGGCCUGAGAUAGUAAACAACAUUCAGCCGCAUAUGAAUCCUGAGGAUCAAGUUGUUUUGGCAUGCAGAGUUUUUCACAUAAAGCUGAAAGAUUUCAUCGAUCAAAUUGUAGAUCGGAAAAUCUUUGGCGAAAUUCGAUACUAUACUUAUAGUAUCGAAUUUCAAAAACGUGGACUUCCUCAUGCCCACUUCUUGAUUGCUCUGGUGCAACGGGAUAAGCUCUUCACACCACAACAGGUAGAUGACUGCAUCAGGGCCGAAAUUCCGAUUGUCAAUGACACGUCUUCAAGAGCGGAUAAGGAAUAUGCAAAAUUGGUGAAGCGUCACAUGAUGCAUGGACCAUGUGGAGCUGAUCUUCCUUCAGACAGAUGUUGGCGGGAUGGGCGUUGCUCCAAGAAAUUCCCCAAGGAAUUCCAUGAAGCCACCACAUUUCGGACGAAUGGUUAUCCCAUCUAUCGACGUCGGGACAAUGGCGCCUCCAUGAUGCGUGAUGGACGUCGGUUGGAUAAUAGAUGGGUGGUGCCGCACAACAGAUACCUGCUUGAAGUGUACAAUUGCCACAUCAAUGUUGAGCAUUGUACAAUGGUUGAUGUGGUAAAAUACAUGUUCAAGUGUCUGUGCGGCUAA